AUGCGGGUUGCACAGCGCGGGUUAGCUUUACUGGUGUGGUCCCUGCAAGUGGCCGCGACCAUUUUGCAGAACGGCCAAGUCAGAGAACACCCAUACCCCGGCCAAGCGCCCAAGAUUGUUCUCGAUGGCAGCUGGAAUAUCUACGGCGCUGAUUCACCUGAGAUCGCCUACAAAGGGCGAUGGGACAGCAAGCAUGUCUCCUGGUGGUCGUUCGUCUCUCCAAUCCCCAACACCCCCUUCUUUUCUGCUCGCCCUCCUCUUGUGGCGGUGCUGACAUCACCAGUGCACCCGGAAUCAAACUGGAAUUUACUGGAAGCAAGGAUAUUAACCCAUUCGCAGCUUGCCGUGAGCUUUGGACCCAGCACAACAGAUGGCGUUCUGGUUGCUUACCGGCUCGGUUCCCUUGAUUGGCAAUUCUCCAAUGUCACCGCCGCCGCAACGUACCAAUUUAUCGGCGAUUGGACAGGCCUUAGCACGGAGGAGGUUCACGAAAAGAAGACUUUUGAGAUGCGAGUUCAAAUAGAUGGUGUUGCCACCGCGGGCGACGCAGAGCUCACAGUGCCUCCCAGAUUUAAAAAGAAGGUGGAAAUUAUCGGAGGGUCUCUUGCCACUGGUCAAUAUGGAACUUAUGAGACCAUCUCAGGAUGGGCGUUCCUCUUUGCGGCCGGUCUAGGCAAUGUCGAGCAUUCCAUCACGGCCUACCCGGGCGCAUGCUUAACCGAUAACAAAUGCUAUGGCGGUGUUCACGGCAUGACGUGGUACUGGCACCGUGCAUCCGACCCGGGCAGCCGCGCGCACGCAUUUUACGGAAACGAGCCCGAGAAGUGGGACGUUGAAGCCGAGCAACCUGCCGAUCUCGUCCUCAUUCAGAUGGGCGGUAACGACCACCGGCAUCCCAACGAGGUCCCCGGAAAGGAUUUCUACAAUGCAUAUGUUGACAUGAUUGAAGACAUCCACCGCGUCUGGCCGCACGCGGUGGUCCUUAUUGUCUCUCAAUGGGGAUCGUUCGUCAAGUCCGGCAUGACCUACGAGCCAACCCAAAUCUACGAGCAAGAAGCUAGGGCAGUCCAUGAGCACUUCAAGGAGCGCGGGUUUGUCUACUACUUCGACACCACCGGAAUCCUGCAAUAUAACGACAUCAAUCCCAAGAAUCACCCCACGGAUGUGGGACAUAUCAAGCUGGCAAGCCAUUUGCUGCAGUGGACAAGACUUGUUCUGCGGUGGAAUCUGGAGCCUCUGGGGGAGGUUCAGCACGGAACUCUCUACUGGAAUGAUCAACAGGAUUAUUAA